GCAAUAGUCAAUAGCUUCUAAAUUCUCUUUACUACCAAAAUAUACUUCAAUAUCACCUUCUCUAUAUUUUACAGCUCCACAAUUCUAGCUUGCUCUGAAAAUCAUCAUCUCAACAAAAAAUGGCGAAAGCUUAUUUCAUAAAGACAUUAUUUUUAUUCAUAUAUCGAAUUCUUUUUCGUAAGCUAAAAACCUUACGAAGAAGUUUGAGCAACAGCCCUUCAUUUAGCCAAUCUUCAAUCUUUAAAACAUGCCAUAAGUACACUUGUCUGUCUCAUAGAUCAUCGUCAGAUCUUGCAAACUCAACUAUGAUUUUCAAUAUGGAAGGAGGUUUGUUAAAGUCUUCUUCUUUAUUCCCAUACUUCAUGCUUGUGGCUUUCGAAGCUGGAGGUCUCUUUAGGUCAAUUGUUCUUUUACUUUCAUACCCUUUUAUCUGCUUGUUAAGUCAAGAGAUGAGGUUGAAAUGGAUGGUCAUGAUCUCAUUCUUUGGGAUCAAGAAAGAGAGUUUUAGGGCAGGUACGGCUGUGUUGCCUAAGUUUUAUUUAGAGGAUGUAGGGUUUGAGAUGUUUGAGUUGCUUCAAAAAGGGUCAAGGACUGUUGCGUUGACCAAUUUCCCUGUUGUCAUGGUUGAGAGCUUCUUGAGAGACUAUUUGGGUGUUGAUUGUGUUGUAGGUCGAGAGCUCAAGGUCUUCCAUGGCUACUUUUUGGGACUCAUGGAAGAUGAUACCAAAUAUGUUCCUUCCAAUAUCUUGGAGGAGAAUUUGAUCGCAACCGUCGAUUCUGAUCAUCAUCAUAUGAUAGGCAUCACCGACUUCAAUACUACUUUUUCUAACCAACAACUUCUUUCAAGUUGUAAGGAAGUUUACUUCGUGAGUGAAACGGACAAAAAGAACUGGCAAAUCUUACCAAGAGAGAGAUACCCAAAGGCUCUUAUCUUCCACGACGGUAGAUUGGCUCUAAGGCCCAGCCCACUUGCUACCCUACAAGCCCUAAUGUGGGGCCCGAUUGGUUUUACCCUUGCUGUUGCUAGAAUCUUCGUUGCCAUGUUACUACCCUACGACAUCUCAUCCCCUAUCCUCGCCUUUAGUGGGCUUCGCUUGACAACUAAUAAGCCCAAUACUGAGGGCCCACUCAAUCCCAGCUCUAAGCACAAAGGAAUUGUCUACGUGUGCAACCACAGAACGUUGGUAGACCCACUUUACAUAGCUUUCACUUUGAAAAAUGACCUCACUGCAGUCACGUACAGUCUAAGUAGAUUCUCCGAGAUCAUAGCACCAAUCAAAACCGUCCGAUUAACUAGAAACCGUGACCAAGAUUCAAAGAAAAUGGAAAAGCUGUUAAGUAAAGGGGACCUUGUGGUGUGUCCCGAGGGAACUACAUGUAGAGAACCAUACCUUCUUAGAUUUAGUCCGCUUUUCUCGGAGAUUGCUGACGAGAUCGUCCCCGUGGCAGUGACCACCCACGUCAGCAUGUUCCACGGUACGACUGCGGGAGGGCUCAAGUAUUUGGACCCAAUUUUCUUUCUCAUGAACCCGACGCCCAUCUACACCAUCCAAUUACUCGACAAGAUAUCCGGACUAUCCACGUGUCGAGAUGUAAGUAAAUCGAGGUAUGAUGUGGCUAAUCAGGUGCAGAGUGAGUUAGGCAAGACCUUGGGAUUUGAAUGCACCAUGCUGACUAGGAGAGAUAAAUACUUGAUUUUGGCUGGAAAUGAAGGUGUGGUAACAUGUACAAAAUAAUUUUUUUUAUUUAUAUAUAUAAAUAGUUUAUUUGUAAUAAUAUUGAUAAAUGAUAAUGAAGAUUGGCAUAUAUCAACUCUGUACCCAAUAAAUAAUAAUACAUCUCUUUUUGUUA